ACAAAUAUAAUCAACCAUUUGCUGAGUUAGAGAAGUUCGCGGAAGGAAUUUUUUUAACUGUUUAAAUUUAUACUUUGCGACAGCAAAAUCUUAAACAUAAUUAAAAUAACGAUUUGACCGAGUUUGAGCAUUACUUAAUAAAUUACACAACUUUUGAAGAAACUGUUGAAUUUCUGUGAUAUUUUUUGUUUGUAUUGAAUAACAUUGUUAAUGGCUGCUCCUGUGAUUGGACUGCUGUCUUUUUUAUGUGGGCUAUCUGUCUCAUUAAACGUUACUGUCGUCGUCACAAUAAUUUCAAAGAAAAACACAAAAGAUAUGCGUGAUAUAAUCAUAAUGAGUCUUGCUAUAUGUGAUGGUGUGGAAUGUACUUUAGGCUAUCCUGUUGAACUAUAUGGUUAUGCUAAUAUAGACAGCCCGUCUCAAAAUGAGUAUUUAUGUAAAACUAAUGGUUUUAUUGUAAUGUAUCUGGCUUUGACUGCACUUACUCAUUUGGUUUUUUUAUGUGUACAUCGGUAUUUAGUUAUAGUACAUCCUAUGAAAGUUCAGAAAUUUUUUACAGAUACAAAAACUUGCGCAUUAUAUUUUAUUAUACCAAGUUGGAUUUAUGGUCUGUUUUGGUCAAUAACUCCUCUAAUCGGAUGGAGUGAAAUCGUGCGCGAAAAAGAAGACACUCACCGUUGCACAAUAAACAUGUAUCCAGAUGACUUAUUGAAACGUAGUUAUCUGUAUGCUCUGACCUUAUUUUGCUAUUUUUUACCUGCGGCAAUCAUCAUUUAUUGCAUCACAAAAGUACAUUUUGAACUUCGCAACAUGCUAAAAUUGUGCAAACAAAUCUCUGGAGAGGAUGCCGCCAUCACAAGAGCCACAUAUAAAUUAGAAAGACAAAAUUUUCUGUCUGUCAGUCUUAUUAUAACGUCAUUCUUCUUAAUUUGGACCCCCUAUACAAUAUGUGUUUGCUAUCUAAUUCUUGGGCGUGAGUUGCCUGUCGGCAUUUUAACCUACAGUGCUUUGUUUGCUAAAUCGUCUACAAUUCUUAAUCCCAUUAUAUAUUGCAUCAUGUAUAAAGAAUUUCGUCAAACAGUAAGAAGUAAAGUUCGGAAACUCUUUAGAGGUCCGACGGUUGCGCCUAUUACGGAAUAAGUAGUAUUCGAAAAUUGACUGAUUUAAAUUUUUUAAAUAUGCUAAGUUAUUAUUAAACUUUUAACGUAGAUUUUUAGAUAAAAAAUGUGAUAUAGAAAAUGCCAAGACAUAUAGAUUAUGUUUUGAAAUUAACUUUCAUUAUAAAUAAUUUAUUUACCGAUAUGAAAUUUUUCAAUGACGUAAAACCU